CAGUGAAAGCAUCUCGAAAAUGCUGAGUCUUAAGUUCCUAACUUUCCUUGGCCUGCUGGCCAUCGUUUGGAGUGCCGCCGUUCCUGGAAAGGCUCCCGUCGAUGAGGAGCGAAUGCAUCCCCAUCUGCCGACUAGUCCAAGAUUGCGUGCGAUUUCUGGAGAAGAAACCCAAGAGUUUUGGCACUCGGCUAGCAAGAAACUCAUCCGUGAGAAGCUGGAGUUUGUGAGGAACACGAAGAAGGCCAAGAACAUUAUCCUGUUUUUGGGCGAUGGCAUGGGCUUGGCUACUUUGGCUGCUGCAAGGAGCUACAUUGGUGGCGAGGAACUGAAGCUCUCCUUCGAGGAGUUUCCCUUCACCGGUCUGUCGAAAACCUAUUCGGUGGAUAAAAUAGUUCCCGACAGUGCCUGUACUUCAACCUCGUACCUUUGUGGAGUGAAGGCCAAUUACGGCACCAUUGGCGUGAAUGCCCACGUGAAACGAGGCGAUUGCUUGGCCAUGGCCAACGAAACGAACCAUGUUUUCUCCCUGGGAAAAUGGGCCAUGGAUGCGGGAAAAGCCGCCGGACUGGUAACCACCACUCGAGUGACCCACGCCUCUCCAUCUGGCGUCUACGCCCAUGUCGCGGAUCGUGAAUGGGAGAACAACGCCGUUUUGGAAGAAGACUGCGGUGAGCUCGCUGAGGGCCUCCAGGACAUUGCUGUCCAGUUGAUCCACGGCGAGGUGGGAAGCAAACUCAAGGUUAUGUUGGGCGGAGGCAAGCGAAGCUUCUACAGUCCGGAGCACUACGACAAGGGAAGACGCACGGAUGGCCGCAAUCUCGUCGAGGAGUUCGAGGCCUUGGAUGCGGGCAACACCUUUGUGAAAACCCAGAAGAAGCUGCUUAGUGUGAAUGCCACCGAAACUGGACGAUUGCUGGGCUUGUUCAGCAAGAGUCACAUGCACUAUCACCUGGAACAGCUGGCCGAUCCGGAGAACAACGAACCCACGCUGGAGGAGAUGACCCAGAAGGCCAUUGAAGUGCUGGAAACCGAGGAGCAGGGAUACUUCCUUUUCGUCGAGGGCGGCAAGAUUGAUAUCAGCCAUCACGACACCAUGGCGCGGAUUGCUUUGGAUGAGACCGCCGAGCUCUCGAAGGCGGUGAAGAAAGCCAGGGAGAUGACCGAUCCGGAGGAGACCCUCAUUGUGGUGACCUCGGAUCACUCGCACACGUUCAGCGUUUCGGGCUACCAGCCGCGAGGAAGCGACAUCUUUGGGGCGGCCAAGGCGAAGGGCCAGGAUGGCAAACCCUACUUGGCUUUGAGCUAUGCGAAUGGCAAGAGUUUCGAGGACUUCUACAACACGGAAACCCACCAGCGCGAGGAUCCCACCAGUCUGCUCACAAUGGGUGACUUUGAUCAGCUCUUCCCCGCGAUGGUUCCCCUGACAUCGGAGACUCAUGGCGGCGAGGAUGUCGGUGUCUUCGCCUCGGGUCCCUGGGCUCACCUCUUCACCGGAGUCUACGAACAGAACACCAUUCCUCACAUGAUGGCCUUUGCCGCUUGUGUGGGCGAUGGACUAACCGCCUGCGAUUAGAAAUCAGGAGUUGAUUGACAGGCCGAAGGACCCUUAAUUAACUUGUCACGUACGCUUUAUCGUUUUGAAUGAAUACUCAAGUCUCGACAGGUGCAAGCUAGCAUUGGCUCUCGAGAAAAGAAUUUAGAUCAGGGAUUUCUCGCACAUUCUAUAAGAAGUGUUUCCCUAUCAACGUAAAAACCAAAAUACACUUAAACUGUCUGAUUAUACGCAAUACAAACAACGUCGAUUAAAACUAUAAGUAACAUUUUAA